AAUAGUUGCCAAACACUCGGAACCUCAACUUGUUUUGCUCUUUCCGUGGAUGCUGCUGAAAUAUUCUCUGCUUACAUCUUAGCUAUCCAGGAUCCAAGCUGAUGGCGCAUGAAGUCCAUUCCUAAAGCGACCAAGAACUUCCAACAGUUUUGAAUUGUGGGAAUCUUACCGAACUUUUAGUAGAGCUCGUAAGUUAGUUACGAAGGGUUGCUCUUGGUAGUAAGCAAGCCCAACUACCGGGUAAAACCCUUGAAUUAAAACUUCCUUUAAGACAAAAAAAAGUCCAAAUGGGUGAAAAACUGAGAUGGAGAACGCAGCAGCCUCAAGUAAACACGAUGGUCUUCUUCACUAUAAGUUAACCUGAUUUUUACCUGUUUCAGGAGUUCAAGUUCACUACGCACAUCCAAUAACCCAUGUGAAUUAAACAGACUGCUUUGAUCUGGCCAAAUAUCCUUCCUAGAACAAUAAUAGCAAAGGUUAAUAUUGUACUUCAUGAAGGCUUCUCUCAAUCGUGUUUGAAGGAUACAACCUGGGAGAUUCUUUCUUUCUUUUUGCAGCAAAUGCUUUUUACCUGAGAUGAGAUUUCACAUUUGGCACAAUGUCAAUUAUGGUUGUGGACCCUGGUCCUGCAGAACAAAAACUCCUUCAGCAAAGUGGUUCUUGAAGCUUACUGAAGACAUUCUGAAAUAUUCAAUUAAAUAUGUUUAUCAGUAGCAUCACUCCAAAACUUUAAACAUCCAAACAUAGAUGCCGCAAGUGAGCUUUCUGAAAAUGCAAAAAGCUGCUGUGUUCUUAUUUUCUAAUCUGCUGAUCAGAUAUCUACUACAUUCACAAGCCUUUCUACCAGAUUGUACACCAAGAAAAACUGUGAACUUUGAAGAUGCAAAUCUGAAAACGUUUGCUGCACAAGGAAUCUCUAAUUACUCAACGUUGCUGCUUAGUGAGGAGCUCAACCUAUUGUUUGUAGGAGCGAGAGAUGCAAUCUUCGCACUCAACAUUGACAAUGUUUCAGAUAGUAUUUCACAAGAAAUGUGGGCUGUUCCUGAAAGAAAACGGAAUGAAUGUAUGUACAAAGGAAAGUCGAGAGAGACUGAUUGUCGCAACUACAUACGCAUUCUCCAGCGUUUAACUGAAACUAGAAUGUACAUUUGUGGAACCAAUGCAUUUCAGCCGACAUGCGAUUAUUUGGUAAUUAACAAUGGCAAAAUUGAACUGGAAAACAAGGCUGAAGAGAGUAAAGGACAGUGCCCAUUUGAUCCUACUCAGGGAUAUGCCUCUGUCAUGGUUGAUGGAGAAUUCUACUCUGCAACAGCCAAUAACUUCCUUGGCACUGAGCCUAUUCUAUUGCGUAGCCUGCAAAACAACCUGAGGUCUGAAAAUGGGAUUUCCUGGCUAAAUGAUCCUAAUUUUGUUCAUUUGGAUGUGGUGCAAGAAAGUGAAAAUGCUGAUGGAGAUGAUGAUAAAAUCUACCUUUUCUUCAGUGAAACUGCUGUUGAGUUUGAAUUCUACAAUAAACUUGUGGUUUCAAGAAUUGCCCGAGUAUGUAAGGGUGAUCGUGGAGGCCAGCGGAUUCUCCAGAGGAAGUGGACCACCUUCCUGAAAGCCAGCCUACUGUGCUCUUCCCCAGACUUGAACUGUCCGUUUAACAUCAUUCAAGAUGUUUUUGUGCUGAGGACAUCAAACUGGAGGAAUAAUAUUUUCUAUGCAGUUUUUAUUUCUCAGUGGGGAAAGCAGGACAUUUCUGCAGUUUGUGCCUUUAGUAUGGAAAAAAUUCAGGAAGUGUUCAAUGAAGGGAAAUUCAAAUCACCUGUGACGAUAGAACAGUCUCGAACCAAAUGGGUGAUGUACAGUGGAACAGUCCCCAGUCCUCGCCCUGGAGCUUGUAUCAACAAUAAUAUUCGUUCGAAUAGAUUCAAGACUUCUCUAGAUCUGCCAGACAGAACACUCCAGUUUAUAAAGGAUCACCCUUUGAUGGACGAUGUUGUAACUCCUAUCAAUAAUCAACCAAAGUUAAUUAAAGAGGGAACAAAGUACACCCAAAUUGCAGUGGACAGAGUUGUUGCUGCCAAUCAGAAAGAAUAUGAUAUCAUUUUUCUGGGAACAGACAGUGGAUAUCUGCACAAGGCACUCAGCUUAAAGGCUGAAAUGUUUAUUAUUGAGCAGGUGCAGAUGUUUAUUCCCGCAGAACCAGUGCAAAACCUACAACUUUCUUCACAAAGGGGUCAGUUAUAUGUUGGAUCCCCAUCACAGGUUGUACAAGUGCCUGUGGCUGUUUGCACACGGUAUGUUAAUUGUUGGGACUGUGUGCUGGCAAGAGAUCCUUACUGCGCAUGGGACAAAAACACAAGGCAUUGUGUUGACAUUUCAAAGAAAAAAGCUGGUGUUCUGAACUUCAUUCAAAACAUAGAGAACGGAGAUCCUUCAGAAUGCCCCACCCAUGAAAAAUUGAAAACAGAAAUCCGAAUGAUUAUUCCUGGAAACAAUCUGGUGUUGAAUUGUCAGUCUACAUCUAACUUGGCUCACAUUCAAUGGUUACGAAAUGCAAGUGUGAUUCCAGAAGCAGAUACAAAAUAUCUCUACUUCACAGAUCGGCUGUUAAUAUUUAAUGUUUCUGCAGCAGAUGAAGGACAGUAUGACUGCCGAUCUGUUGAAACAGUGGCCGGAAGAUCAUUUGGGCAAGUCACAGCAAGGUACCUCCUCCAUUCUGUGCACACUCCUCGCAUGGGUCAACAGCCAAUUCCAACUGAAGCUCUUCCUGGUGAUAAAUCUGCAGUUUCCAUUGUGCCAAUCUCUGCAAGCAAUACUGUUCGUGUGGGGAACCUGCCUAUGACACAGAGUUACCUUCAGACUGAAUUUACAUUAAAAGGUUUCCUGGUACUUUUUGUCAUGAUGUUCAUACUUCUCCUAGCAUGGAAUCUUUAUAAAGGACAUGUGCCCUUCCCUUUACGCCCAUCAGGAAAUGGGAAUACAAGAAGAAUGCCAACAACCCUUCUGAACCACUCAGUGCAACAAUUAGAAGAGAAACCACUAUCACCUAUGCCCCCUCAAUUAGAAGCUGCAGUCAGCAAUGUUAACCUCCCACUUACUGCUGUUGUGAGUGAAAGUUCAGUAGAGAAGAACACCAAUAAUAACUCUAUACCAUUAGAAAAUGCUAACUCCAGCUCUGCAAGGCCACUGUUUGUCCUUGAUGAGUUAGAAUAUAUUGAUGCAGAUCAGUUUGAAUCAAAAGCAUAAGCCUGAGGAAAGGACACUGAUGGUUCAGGAAAUCUCAAGGUAUGAAUUGCUGUGUAAAAGGUACCAGGCAAUGGCGAAGGACCUUUUUGGAUUCUCCUAUCCAUUACAUUGCCCUUGGCAACCUCAUGCACAUCCUUUUGAAAAGAGCUACUUUGCCUGGACUAUUGUUAAUGUGAGAGAAUAAGUUAUACAUUCAGCAACACACCAUAGACUUAGAAAUCUUAAGAAAGGAUAUGGUAUUCUACUUUAAGUACAUUUCUCUCCAAGAAGAGAGAGAAUUUGUUUUAUCAUUUUACACUUAAAAUCUACAAUUUUCAAGUACAAAGCAUUGCAUUGGAAAGGUACUAUAAGGUUAACUCAGUGGUCCAUCACUCCCAGCAAGGAAACCAUAAUUGAAUGCACUGUGGAUUGGUAAUAAGGAUACAAUUUCCAACUCCCUGACCCUGUGAAUGUAGCUAUCCUCUGGGAGCAUGAAAUCGCUGAAUUUUCCCAUCUCUGUUCUCUAGAAGGACCACAUGGUACCUCUGCUGCUGUGAUUCAGUCUUACUCAGUUUUUGUUCAAUUUGUGUUCUCCCCUGUUAUUGUGGCAUACUUGCAUUAGUGAUCUGUAACAUUCAUAUUAUCAAAUCCACAGUGACUAGACAUCUGUUGAGCUUUUGUAAUUGGCUCUGGUGAAAACUAUUUUAAUGUAAAACAUAAUGAUAUUUCCCCCCCUGUUCCUAGUACCAUAAUUUUUAAGUCCAAUAAGCCUCUUUAUAUUCCAGCUUUAUCGCUGCAUCCCUUAAUUCUUUCUAAUAUCUAGUUGUUUCUUGGACAUAUUUAUGUUACCUGUGUGAAAUUCUUUCAUGUUAUCCUGUUUUACAAUUCUGUUAUGUUUUAGUUUAAAUUAUUUCCCUAACGUCUGCAUUUUUGACAUGUCCUCUGAUGCUGAACAGUCAUGAUGGCCCUGCAGUCUCAAACCAGGAGAGCUUCUGAGAUCCCAGGGUAAACCCCAAAUUUCUCUUGAACAGUCAUAAUAACUUAGUUAGUCAGCAUUCAGCUGAGUAGUAAAGAGUAGAAUGUACACAUAUUGGUAUCCAGUAAGGCAAGGAUCAGACUGGUUGGGAUUUCUCACAUGGUAAGUAAUGAAAUUUUUGUGCUCAUGCACAAAUAGUGGCCAGACAACGAUAUAGAAAUGAGACUGGAACUUUACCUUCAAUAUCAGGAAGUAAGAGCAACCAAAGAAAACACCAUACAUCUGAACAUACCACUUGAUUUAACAUAAACUAUGAAAGCAAAGUGAAGAGACUAAAUUAUGUCGUAUGAUCUCAUUUAACUCUAAUCUUACUGAUCAGCUGUUUUCUCUUGUCAGGAUAGGCUUUACCAUUAUUGAAAUUACAGACAAGCCACACACAGAAUAACACCAAGUGUAUCCUGUCUGUAAAGUCACCUUGCAAAUCAUUUUCAUUAAACUGCAAUAACAUAGGCAUGAUUUAAACAACAGCAGCCUAAAUCGCAGGGAGUCAGACUGCAAAAUUAAUAAUCUUGUUUUGUUAAAAGUGCAAAGGUGUGAAAUAUUUAGAGCAAUUUUAAAUCUUCCACCACAUGGACUAAUGAGCCUAGAGUUUUUUCUUGUAAAACCAGGAAUAUAAUGUUUGGUUUUAAAAGUUUCCCUUCGUUUAUGUUUGAAGUUCUUAAAGAGAAAAACCCAAGAAGCUAGAUUGAGUAGCUUGUUGCUUCAAUCUGGCAGAUUGUGCUUUGACCUUGUCUGACAUUGACAUCAGCCUUAAAAUAAAAUGACAGGUCUAUAGUUUCACCACGUAGAUUGGAGGUGGCCAAAGCCCAAUAGCUGUCGGGUUAAAAUAUUCAAAAUUCAAUGUAAUGAGCAUUGACACUAUCUUUGAGAUUUGUAGGAACGAUAAAAACAACCAGAGCUCCCUUGCCUGAGAUGUCAACUAGUUGUGUGGUGGGAAGUGAUAUCCCAACACAAUCCAUUAGAAACUGACAUCUUGGCUGAAACAGAAUGAAUAGCAAUGCCAGUGAGAUGCUGGAAAGGUAUUGUGGAAGUAUAGCAUAAAUCACUACUCUGUAAGGAAGGUGAGAAAAGUUGAUUUUCAAGAUUAAGAUCAAGGAGAAUAGAAUUCGGAGAAAAGGAAAAUGUUCAUAGUGUGAUUAAAAAUUUCAUGGGUAAUUGAACAGGACCAAGCUUUGUCCCUGUGCUGAGCAGCUUUCUUAAUUUUAAUAAACAUCAGAUUUUUUAAAAUCUUCCAACAAUUCAAAAUCUUAAACUUCUUCAUAGGCAUUUAAAACAGAUUUUUAAGUGCUGCCUGUCUUCUAAAUCUCACAAUCACAUAUCCCCAUGUGCGGUGAACAGCAUGGCUCCCUAUUUUUGAUUUUUAAAUUCUUAUUUUUGUUUUUAAUCCCGCUGUAAACUCACCCCUCCAACCCUGUAAAACACUCUUAUAAAAUUCUGAAACAUCUGCAGCCUUUCAAAUUUGGUCCCCAUUGCUUUCUGAUUUUCAUUGUUCCCUCAUUGGUGACCCUAAGCUCAGAAAUUUUCUCCCUAAAUCUCUUUGAACACCCCUUCUCCUCCUUGAAGAGCCACAUUCAAUGAAACCUACCUCUUGUUUAAGCUUUAUAUGUUUCACCUCCUAACAGCUUGUAUGCUUAGUAACAAAUUUUGUUUGGUAAUAACAUUCUUGUUAAGUGCCCAGAGUACCAUGUUAAAGGCUUCAUGUAAAUGCAAGUAGUUGUUGUUAUUAUGACUUCCAAUACUGUUUUGACAACAUACUUGAAAUUGUUUUUUCAAAUGCAGACUUCUUUCACUUUUAUUUUCAGUGAAGGAAGACUACUUGAGUGUUAGUAAAUCUACAUUUUUGUGCAUGCUUUAGCUGAGGUUUGUGGCACUUUUUAUAUCUGAACUUCCACCUGACUGCUCAAAUUUUGUAUUGUACAGGCAAAUUUAUAUUUUUAUACUUAA